UUAGUUAUGUCCACUACUAUUAUAUAUACACAUAGAGGAAAACAUCCACUUCAUUAUCAUUAAGAAUACUAGAAAACACUAUUAAGUUAUUGUAGCAGAUAAAAAAAGAUACCAACAACAAUGAGUACUGCUGGUCAGGUCAUUCGCUGCAAAGCUGCGGUUGCAUGGGAAGCCGGAAAACCAUUGGUAAUCGAAGAAGUGGACGUGGCACCUCCACAGAAAGAUGAAGUUCGUCUCAAGAUUCUUUACAGCUCCUUGUGUCACACUGAUGUUUAUUUCUGGGAAGCUAAGGGACAAACACCUCUGUUUCCUCGAAUUUUCGGACAUGAAGCUGGAGGAAUUGUGGAGAGUGUAGGUGAAGGUGUUACAGAUCUCCAACCAGGCGAUCAUGUUCUUCCUGUGUUCACUGGUGAAUGCCAGCAGUGCCGUCACUGCAAAUCGUCGGAAAGCAACAUGUGCGACCUCCUAAGAAUAAAUACAGAUAGGGGAGUUAUGAUCAGUGAUGGUCAAUCAAGAUUCUCCAAAGAUGGGAAGCCGAUAUACCACUUUGUCGGAACUUCCACCUUUAGCGAAUACACUGUUUGUCAUUCUGGAUGCGUCUCCAAGAUUGAUCCACAGGCACCACUUGACAAAGUUUGUGUCCUCAGUUGUGGAAUAUCGACAGGACUUGGUGCAACUCUGAAUGUUGCCAAACCUACUAAAGGUUCUACUGUGGCUAUUUUUGGCUUGGGAGCUGUUGGCCUUGCUGCUGCUGAAGGAGCUAGGAUUGCUGGAGCUUCUAGGAUCAUCGGCAUUGAUUUGAAUGCCGCCAGAUUCGAGAAUGCCAAGAAGUUUGGGGUUACAGAGUGUGUGAAUCCAAAAGAUCAUGAUAAGCCUGUCCAGGAGGUGAUCGUGGCGAUGACCGAUGGAGGUGUUGACCGGAGUGUUGAGUGUACUGGAAAUGUCAACGCUAUGAUCUCUGCUUUUGAAUGUGUUCACGAUGGUUGGGGUGUGGCUGUGCUUGUUGGUGUGCCAAACAAAGACGAUGCAUUCAAAACUCAUCCCAUGAAUCUGUUGAACGAGAGGACUCUCAAGGGCACCUUCUUUGGCAACUACAAGCCCAAAACUGACCUUCCAUCUGUGGUGGCCAAGUACAUGAAUAAGGAGCUAGAGCUGGAGAAGUUCAUUACCCACCAAGUUCCAUUUUCAGAGAUCAACAAAGCAUUUGACUAUAUGUUGAAAGGGGAAGGCCUGCGUUGCAUGAUCACUAUGGGACAUUGAAAUGCAUGCUAAAUAGGAAGAAAGAUUUGUGGAGUUGAUCGUAUCCUAUCCCACUAGUAUUAAAGAGUUUGGUACUUAAUAAAAUGGGAUUUUAUUAAGGUAAUGAUGUAAGGUAAAGUUUGAAGGCAAACAGAUUGUUCUGAAAUGCCGGAAUUUACUUUCUGAAUUGUGUAAUAAUACUGUAAGUUUGGAAGGCUUGAGUUUUUGAUCA